CCAAAAGCAUUGAUUGAUAUAAGUCUUUUAGUUCACUAGGAGGAGAAGGAGGAGAAGGAGGAGGAGGAGAGAUGAGCAACAGCGGCGGCACAACAGAUGGAGGGGUUUCAGUGCCGACGAGCCUACUACCCGGAUUUAGGUUCUCUCCCACCGAUGAGGAACUGCUUUCCUACUACUUGAAGAAGAAGAUAGCGGGCGAGGACUCUGAAUUCAGCUUCAUCCCUGAAAUCAAUGUGUGCGAGCUCGAGCCUCGUGAUCUGCCUGAGUACUUCUUCAGCAAACCUAAUUACAUGAACACCAACAGCAAUCGCUGCUUUAGGACAACAGGUGAGGGCUUUUAUAAAAGCACAGGCCAUGUUCGUGAGGUCAAGGCUGAACUAUCCCAAGCUGUGAUUGGUAAUAAGAGGAUUUUGCCUUUCUUGGAAGGUCGUGCGCCCAAAGGCAAGAUAACCAACUAUGUCAUGCAUGAGUUUUCUCUCCCCAAAACUAAACAUGCCCAACUGGGUCCUAAUCCCAAUCAGCAGGGGGAGUAGUUCUAAACCACCUAACAACUAAGUCAGUGAAUUAUAAGAAGCGGAGGUAUGAUUCAAUCUGCGAUAAAUUAGCUGAACCUGGUAUCGCCUCCAAUUAUAAAGAUGAUCAAGCUGCUGCUGCUGCUAAUAUGAUUC